CCGACACCCCGAAGAUUUGGGGGAGUUCAUGCGAUAAAUUUACGAAGCGGCCUCAACACUGGUGUAGGACGCCAUGUCUUGCUCUACAAAGAACCAGUGAAGUGGAAUCUCUCAACACAUGCCUUCCACUGCUCGCCACAUUCACCCUCAGGCCUAUACUACCCAACCCUCUUUGAUCUAGCUGCUUGACAGCUUGACUAUUCCUGACCGGCGAAUCUCGAUUCAGCUUCGACCACAACGGCUCGCCCAGAGCUAGCGAUCAGACUCUGAUAACAACAUAAGACCAUGUCCGCUCGUCAAUCCGCGCGACCACGGCGCAUCGACGAUGCGCUCUCGCAGCUCGUCGACUCCCUCACCCCUCCGCUAUCGCAUGCAGAUCUCCGGGGCGAGUACGAAGGAGAUGCGGAGGAAGCCUUGGCCGCAGCGGAAGAACGACGACACCAAAAGUAUCUCGAGCGCUCAUGGCACAUCCUAAAUUCCUACACCAGCCCCUCGAAUGACCUAGCAUCACCGUCCGGUUCCAUAGCAUACGGCGUCAACCGCCGCGGGAGUUUAGCCGGCGGCGAGAAUGUCAACAACGCGGUGGACCUCAUUAAGCGGAAGCUUCUACGCGAAAACGACAGCCCCGAGCAAGCAGUACGGUUCUCCAAUCUCUACUCGCGUCUAUUGACCCAGCCGGUCCUGUCUCAGAAAUGGGCGAUCCUCUUUCUCCUCUACCGACUUUCGAGCACCGAUGAUUAUGAAGAGCCUGGGAUUGAGGAGAGCGUCAGCAGGAGCCCUCAGUUCGAACCGGCAGGCCUGAACAACAUGAUGUACAAGGGCCAGAGGAUGAACCCAGGCCGCAGCAGGGUAAUGGAGUUUUCGGAUGAGGAUGGGCCGGCUGUCAGCUCGUCGGCAUCUCAGAUCCCUGCGCGGGCGGAGCGGCAGGCUGCGCUAAGACGGCAGCAGGAGAUAAACGCGGAGAGGGAGCCAGAGCCAGAGCCGGAGACAUCUGCACCAGCGGCAAGAGCCAGAGAGGCGCGGACUACACGCAGUCGUGCCAAUACCGGGGUGCGAGAGCCACCUCCCGAAGAACCGAAGCCCGUGCAGUCCGAGCAGGAUUCAGAACAGGAACAGAAACCCAAUGUACCUCUUGAAGAGGGGCUUCUCCGUGACCUUCCCUUCAAUUUACAGGGAUUGUCCUCCUCGAACUUGCAAUUCGCUUCGACGACGAUUCUGAACUUGCCCCCCUCUCUACCAGUGCCCAUUAUCUCCUUGCUGAAUUGCCUUGCUGAACCGUGCCUGCUGUACCGCGGCAUAUCGGCGUUCGUAGGAAGCACAACGAGUGGGCUUCUGAGUCAAAGUCUCCAGGCGGCUCUUUCCAAUGAGCUUCGCUCUUAUCUGGGACUAAUCGCCACCUUGGAAGGAGAGAUUCGGCGGGCGUUGGCCUCACCACCAGACGCCAAUGAUUUGAGAAGCGCUACGAAGACCGGUGUCACGCUGAAGCGAUGUGUUGUGUGGACAAGGGACGCGACGAUGGCGCUACGGCUGAUGAAUUUGAUUGUUGAGGAAGCACAACACAAGAAAGGCGGCCAGCUGAUUUCUUUGAUCCACGGCUUCUCGACUUCGCACGGCGAUCCCUUCGUGGGUGCAUUCGCGGAAAAGCUUCUCUCCCAUGUGACACAACCUUUCUAUGAUAUGCUACGGUCUUGGAUCUAUGACGGUGAACUGUCAGAUCCGUAUAAAGAGUUUUUUGUGGUCGAGCCAGAAUCUAGACCCAACAUUGAUCCGCGUCGAACCGCAACUAGUGUCUGGGACGACAAGUACCAGCUCGACGAUGAAAUGGUGCCGUCGAUCAUAACCCAGGACUUUGCGAAGAAAAUAUUCCUGAUUGGCAAGUCUCUAAACUUCAUUCGGUACGGCUGCGGGGACUCUGGAUGGGUCGAGGACUACUCCAAAGAAGCCUCGAAAGAGCUGCACUAUGGCGAUACGGCUGGCCUCGAGGCAUCGAUUGAUGAAGCCUACAAGACCACAAUGGCGCGGCUGAUCCACCUCAUGGACGAUAAAUUCAAGCUUUUCGACCACCUUCGAGCGCUGAAGAGUUAUAUGUUGCUGGGCCAAGGUGAUUUUAUUGCCCUGUUGAUGGAAUCGCUGGCCUCUAACCUUGAUCGACCGGCCAACUCGCAGUACAGACAUACUCUGACUGCGCAGCUAGAACAUGCAAUCCGCGCAUCUAAUGCGCAGUAUGACUCACCAGAUGUACUCCGACGAUUGGAUGCCCGCAUGUUAGAGUACAGCCAUGGCGAAAGCGGCUGGGACUGUUUCACACUUGAGUAUAAGGUUGAUGCUCCAGUGGACGUGGUCAUUACACCAUAUGCGUUGACUCAGUACCUAAAGGUGUUCAACUUCCUUUGGCGCAUCAAGCGCGUCGAAUUCGCUCUGGGAAGCACUUGGCGCCGGUGCAUGACGGGCGCCCGCGGCGUGCUUGGUAGUGUCGACGACAAAGUUGGCUCAGAUUGGAAGAAAGCACGAUGCGUCAUUGCGGAGAUGAUCCACUUCGUUUGCCAACUCCAGUUCUAUAUUCUCUUUGAAGUCAUUGAGGCCGGUUGGGAUAAACUGCAAGCGUCCAUCUCUAAGCCCGGCUGCACACUGGACGACCUGAUCGAGGCACACAACGAAUAUCUCAAAUCCAUCACGCGAAAGGGUCUCUUGAGCUCCUCCAAAAGCUCAUCCUCCAGUUCCACUAGCAGUUCACAGGAGGAGGAUUUUCUCAACCAACUUCACUACAUCUUGAAGAUCAUGCUUGCCUAUAAAGACGCCGUGGACGGUCUCUACUCUUUCUCUGUCGCCGAGUUCACUCGCAGACAGGAGCUUAGCGCGAAAAUUGAGACCCGCACAGCUCAGGGCCGUUGGGGCCUCACCGAUGACGAUAUUCUUCCAUCCUCUGCGCGACUUACCAGAGCCCACAAAGACUCGGUUUCCUCGAACAUGUCCCCGUCUCUGGCAGCAUAUACCCCCAACCUCGGAGGCGAUGAGAUCGGCUCCCCAGUAUCGCUCGCAAAUCCUGGUGAUCUUUCUGCAGAUGAUCAGAUGCUCGCAAGUCUACAGGGCCGCCUCCGUGACCUCUCGGCAGAAUUUCGAACCCGCCUUAACGUGUUCCUGGGCGAUCUCGCCUACCAGUCGAACGUGGAUAUGCGCUUCCUUGGCGUGGUGAUGAACUUCAACGAUGUCUACCAACCGAUCCGGAAACGACGGAGCGCUGCAGGUGGAAGCUCGCGCGACAAGCAGAGAGCGAGACGAAGGGCGGCGGCUGCAAAUGAUGGCGCAACCGCCGCGACGGAAGGUAGCAGCACAGUGUCUGCGUCCAAGGAACAACCAGCCCGACGGGAGAAGAAACCUUCGAGUACGGGAGGGAAUGGGAAUGAUAGCAGUAGUGCGAACUGAUUUGCGCGGGUUUUCUUGGGUUUGGUUGGAUUGACGUUGAAGGGCUAGAUUACUGGCAGAAGGGGGAGUUUUCUCGGGGUAUUAUUAUAUGGUUCCAGUUCAAGUGAUGGGCUUAUUGUGUAUUGUGGUUUGCCUCAUAGGACGGCGCUUGACUGUGUGUCCUCUUAUACGGUUAUGAAAUGGCUUGGAGAGGAAUGACAUGGCAACAGCACAAAAGCAUGUAUAUGUACAUACAUAGUUCGUUGUAAGCUUAAUGAUGACGAUGAU